GGAGCCUCGAGAGCUCGAAUUUGAACGCAGCUCGCUCCCACCCGCAAGUGCCGACGGUGACGACGACAACGACUAGCUGACGGAGGAAACAGCCGAAGACUACGAAGACUACCAAGAUAGAGCCACCCCCGACAGCCCAGGCUAUCCCGAGAUCAAUCGCCACCUUCGCGCCAGCCAGCCACCCCGCCAACCACCCUUCCCUUCCCACAGUCAGCCCACCAUGGCCGCGAGACGCAUGGGAGGCAGCAUCUCGCUGCUGCUCGGCGGCGUUGUUGCCUCGGUGCUGGGCAACUCCCUCUACGACGUCAAGGGCGGCUCGAGGGCCGUCAUCUUCGACCGCAUCUCGGGAGUCAAGGAGGAGGUCAUGAGCGAGGGCACCCACUUCCGCAUCCCCUGGCUGCAGCGCGCCAUCAUCUUCGACGUCCGCACCAAGCCCCGGAUGAUCGCCACCACCACCGGCAGCAAGGACAUGCAGAUGGUCAGCCUGACCCUCAGGGUGCUCCACCGGCCCGAGGUCAAGGCCCUACCCAAGAUCUACCAGAACCUCGGAAAAGACUACGACGAGCGCGUGCUCCCGUCCAUCGGAAACGAGGUCCUCAAGUCCAUCGUGGCGCAGUUCGACGCGGCCGAGCUCAUCACGCAGCGCGAGGCCGUGUCGCAGCGCAUCCGGGCCGACCUCAUGAAGCGCGCGGCCGAGUUCAACAUCGCGCUCGAGGAUGUGUCCAUCACGCACAUGACGUUCGGCAAGGAGUUCACAAAGGCCGUCGAGCAGAAGCAGAUCGCGCAGCAGGACGCCGAGCGCGCCCGCUUCAUCGUCGAGAAGGCCGAACAGGAGCGCCAGGCGAACGUGAUCCGCGCCGAGGGCGAGGCCGAGAGCGCCGAGACCAUCUCGCGCGCCAUCGCAAAGUUCGGCGACGGCCUCGUGCAGAUCCGCAAGAUCGAGGCGAGCAGGGAGAUCGCGCAGACGCUGGCGUCGAACCCCAACGUCGCUUACAUACCCGGCGGGAAGCAGGGCUCCAACAUUUUGCUAAACGCCGGCCGGGCAUAGGUAUGAGGAUGGGACGGGAUGGGAAGUGGUAUCAUGGUUCUAUGCGCGUGCUUGCGCCCUUGUUUUGGGGGUCUGCGAUAUCCCGCGCGGAUGUCUCCGAGCAAGCAGGAGUUCCGGUUGUAAUAUUAGGACGGCAGAAAGAAAUGUAGCUUCCCCGCUUAUGAAUGUGUUAAUAUUUCCCCCUUGGCCAACGCUCUGUCCAAGAGACUCAACCGGGAAAUGACCAUUACGUGGGGAGGCUACGAGCCGUACGAGGUCUCGCUCGAUGGAUGAGCUAGACAAACGCAUGAUACGGGGGGUCCGGGUGUAUAGACUGCGGCAUCUUAAAACCCAACCAUAUUUCAACAUACUACGCACCUGGGCA